AUGUGCUUGCUGAUUUCAACGGCUGCCACGGCAGAGUCAGCUGGGGAAAAGAAGAGGGUGGUGGUGAUUGGAGGUGGUGUUGCUGGCUCUGUUGUUGCCAAGUCUCUCCAGUUCUGCGCUGAUGUUGUUCUCAUUGAUGAGAAGGAGUAUUUUGAGAUCCCAUGGGGAAGCUUGAGGGCAAUGGUGGAGCCAUCAUUUGCUGAAAGAUCAGUGAUUAAUCACUCCGAUUAUCUUCCCAAUGUGAGGAUUGUUGCAUCUACUGCAGCUAACAUCACAGAGCGUGAAGUGUUGACUACAGAUGGCCAUUUGCUUGUAUAUGAAUAUCUUGUUAUUGCCACUGGUCAUAAGGAAGCUCUUCCCAAAACCAGAGCUGAGAGGCUCAGUCAUUAUGAGGCAGAAUUUGUUAAGAUAAAUUCUGCUAAAUCAGUUUUGAUUGUUGGAGGGGGCCCCACGGGUGUUGAACUUGCUGGUGAAAUUGCUACGGAUUUUCCAGAAAAGAAGGUGAUACUGGUGCACAGGGGGUCAAGGCUGCUAGAAUUCAUUGGUUUGAAGGCGUCCCAAAAGGCACUUGAUUGGUUGAUAUCAAAAAAAGUUGAAGUUAUUUUGGAUGAAACCAUUAAUUUGAACACAAUAUCUGAUCCUAUUAUUCAAACACCUUCUGGAGAAAUUAUCACAGCUGAUUGUCACUUUGUGUGCACGGGUAAACCAACAGGUUCAUCAUGGCUUAGGGGGACUAUUGUGCAGAAUAAUUUGGAUAUGCAAGGAAGACUAAUGGUUGAUGAAAACUUGAGGGUUAGGGGUCAUAAAAAUAUCUUCGCAGUAGGAGAUAUAACCAAUAUUAAGGAGAUCAAGCAAGGCUAUUUAGCACAAAGACAUGCUGAAGUGACUGCCAAGAACCUUAAGCUGUUGCUGAUGGGAGGAAAUGAAAGCAAGAUGGCUACUUACAAGCCUGGUUUAGACAUUGCACUUGUGUCACUCGGGAGGAACGAGGGAGUUGCGCAAUUCCCAUUAUUGACAAUUAGCGGUUGCAUCCCUGGCAUGAUCAAAUCUGGAGACUUAUAUGUGGGAAAGACAAGGAAACAUCUUGGGCUAAAACCUUGA